AUCACUAGUGUGCGGUAACAAACAUGGCGUCCUCCGCAGCUCGGUGUACCGCACGCUGGGUAACAGUCACUGUGUCCUCUAAUGUCCGGACUUGCAGCACUUUUGCCUCUAGGCCUAAUGGACCAGACCGAGCUUUGGCGAAAUUCCUGCGUGGCAUGUUUUGGUCUAGCGGCAGCACAGCUGGAGAAGGAAUGGGGAAAGCGGUGACAUUGACAGGCUUAUUAGGUGGAAACCCUUAUCAGGUCCUGCCCAAGAAGUCUUUUCACAAUACUGCCACUGUUAGUAAUAAAAAUGACUAUUACCAGGUUCUCGGUGUACCACGCUCAGCGUCACAGAAAGAGAUCAAGAAAGCAUAUUACCAAAUGGCAAAGAAAUAUCAUCCAGACACAAACAAAGAAGACCCGCAGGCCAAGGAAAAAUUUGCACAACUGGCUGAAGCCUAUGAGGUCCUCAGUGAUGAGGUGAAGAGGAAGCAGUACGAUACUUAUGGAUCAGCUGGGUUUGGGUCGGCCAGUGGUGGAGCGGGUCAGCAGCAUUACUGGAGCAGCAGCACUGGGGUGGACCCUGAGGAACUCUUCCGCAAGAUUUUUGGGGAAUUUUCUGGAGCGCGAGGCUUUGGGGACUUUAAUAGCAUCUUUGAUCAGCCACAGGAGUAUGUGAUGGAGCUCACUUUUGCACAAGCUGUCAAAGGCGUAAAUAAGGAACUAACAGUGAACAUUGAUGCCACCUGCAAACGCUGUAAUGGAAAAGGCCAUGAGCCAGGUUCAAAGAUUCAGCACUGCCACCACUGCAAUGGCACAGGAAUGGAGACGGUGAAAACAGGGCCAUUUGUCAUGCGCUCAACGUGUCGGCAGUGUGGCGGACGUGGCGUGAUCACCACCCGCUGCACAGAGUGUAAAGGAACGGGGCAGACCAAGCAGAGACGCACUGUCACGGUUCCUGUUCCUGCUGGUAUUGAAGAAGGGCAGACAGUUAGGAUGCCUGUGGAAAAUAAAGAGAUCUUCAUCACGUUCAGGGUCCAGAAGAGUCUUGUGUUCAGGAGAGACGGGGCAGAUGUCCACUCAGACGUUCAGGUUUCGGUGGCUCAGGCCAUCCUGGGAGGCACAGUAAGAGCGCAAGGACUCUAUGACACGCUAAAUCUUUCUAUCCCUGCUGGCGUCCAGGACGAUCAGAAGAUCAGGCUUUCUGGAAAGGGAAUCGCCCGAGUUAGUGGCUAUGGAUUUGGUGAUCAUUACAUUCACUUCAAGAUUAAAGUACCCAAGACACUAACUGACAGACAGCGUGCCCACAUUAUGAGCUAUGCAGAAGAUGAAGUAGAUGUGGACGGAACUGUAAAUGGAGUCACCACAACCACUACAGGUAAAAGAUCUACAGGAAACUGAGAGAGCAGAGUCAGUGACGACACAGAGCAGGUGCUAUGACAAGACUGCUGGACACAGAAGGAGGAGAAAGAGUGAGAGACCUCACACUUUACAAUCAGACAGCUAUGGCACAACAUGUCUGCAUGCACCAGCUCCUUGGAGCCUUAUGGAACAUGAUCAUUUCUACAAGGACUCUUCUGAUUCACACUGAAGAUGAUCUCGCUAGUUUUAUGUGCAGCGCCAUCCAGUCUGGGGAACGAAUUCAGAGAGAGCAUGAAAUGACUUGCUUCAGAAUCAAUACAUUUUAUGUUUUGGGUCAACAAUUGUGUGCGUUAUUCCUAAUUCAUGUAGAAUUACCUCACCGUCCAUAAAAUGUGCUUAUAGAAUCCUGUGUGGAAGUUAGUUGUGGGUUUUUCAGACUUCAGGUUCUGAUCUCUUUCUUUGCACAGAGAGAGGCGAGUGUCUGGCCAUGUUCACUUUAGAACCCUGUAAUCUCUGCUCUGCCUCAUGAGCUCUUCCUGUUUCAUUUUUACCUUUAAUUUAAUGGACAACGAACAUAAAACAUCACAAUACUUAUUUAAACAGUGACAUUUCACUGACAGGAACAUAGCAGAUCAAAUGCGUGGAUUAAGAGUUUUAGUCUAACAGUUGGUAGCUAAUAAGAACACAUUUCUGACAUACACACUUAUCAGCAAAAUGUUACUAAUCCUAAGAUAAUUGUACUGUUAAGCUGCUCUGCUGUAGUACAAUCCUCAUUUAAAGGUAUAUUAUGUAAAAAUGCAAAAUAAAUCAGAAUAUGGACUCUCA